AUGACUACUCCGCAGCAGCCCACAGGGUUAUCUCCAACUUCAACUCAAGCUGACAUGUCGCUGCGUACUAGCACCCUCCUCGCAAACCUAUCAGCUGUAACAGCCCGGAUCGCCUCCGCCUCAGCUGCGGCUAAUACCUCUCGAACUAAGACUCAAUCCCGGCCUCAAACACAACGGCCCGUCCGGCUUGUCGCCGUCUCCAAACUAAAGCCCGCCUCCGAUAUCCAAAUUCUACACAGCCAUGACCCAAGCCUACAUUUUGGCGAAAACUACCUACAAGAACUUCUAGAGAAAAGCAAGAUCCUUCCAUGUGGGAUUCGCUGGCACUUCAUUGGCGGCUUACAGUCUAACAAGUGUGUAACCCUUGCGCGGGACGUGAGGGGCCUGUGGGCAGUGGAGAGCGUGGAUACGGAGAAGAAGGCCAGUUUGCUGGAUCGCGGGUGGGGGGAGCGGGAUGUGGAUGUAAAUGAAGAAGGUGGGGAGAAGGGUCAAAGUGUAAAUGCUGGUAAUAGAUUGCGAGUAUUUGUCCAGGUAAACACCUCUGGUGAAGAGAGUAAAUCUGGUGUGAAACCGGCGGAGGCCGUGAGUCUCUGUCGGUUUAUCAGGGAGAAGUGUCCGCGAUUGAAGUUGCAAGGAUUGAUGACCAUUGGAGCAAUUGCAAGGUCGAAAGCAACGACGGUGGAAAAUGAGAAUGAGGAUUUUGUAUGUCUGAGAGAGACGAGGGAUAUGGUAGAAAAAGAGCUUGAAUUGGUGGCGGAUGAGGGAGAAGGGGAGGCAGAAGGCUUAGAGUUGAGUAUGGGCAUGAGUGAGGAUUUUGAAGGUGCGAUUGCGAUGGGGAGUAACCAGGUCAGAGUUGGGAGUACGAUAUUUGGGGUCAGGCCACCCAAGGAGCAGGCUCGAGUGGUGUAA